GUGCCCCUCUGAUGGGGAGAUGGCUGAUGCCCAGAAUGUCUCCCUGGACAGCCCAGGGAGUGUGGGGGCCGUGGCAGUGCCUGUGGUCUUUGCCCUAAUCUUCCUGCUGGGCACAGUGGGAAAUGGGCUAGUGCUGGCGGUGCUGCUGCAGCCAGGAUCUAGUGCUUGGCAGGAGCCGGGCAGCACCACGGAUCUGUUCAUCCUCAACCUGGCCGUGGCGGACCUCUGCUUCAUCCUCUGCUGCGUGCCCUUCCAGGCUGCCAUCUAUACGCUGGAUGCCUGGCUCUUUGGGGCCCUGGUCUGUAAGGCUGUGCACCUGUUCAUCUACCUCACCAUGUAUGCCAGCAGCUUCACGCUGGCGGCAGUGUCAGUGGACAGGUACUUGGCGGUGCGGCACCCGCUGCGCUCGCGGGCCCUGCGCACACCGCGCAACGCACGCGCCGCCGUGGUCCUGGUGUGGCUGCUGGCGGCGCUCUUCUCUGCGCCCUACCUCAGCUACUAUGGCACGGUGCGCUACGGCGCGCUCGAGCUCUGCGUGCCCGCCUGGGAGGACGCGCGCCGGCGCGCCCUCGACGUGGCCACCUUCGCCGCCGGCUACCUGCUGCCCGUGGCCGUGGUGAGCCUGGCCUAUGGGCGCACGCUGCGCUUUCUCUGGGCCGCUGUUGGUCCCGCGGGCGCGGCGGCGGCGGCGGCCGAGGCGCGGCGACGGGCCACCGGCCGUGCGGGGCGCGCCAUGCUGGCGGUGGCCGCGCUGUACGCCCUCUGCUGGGGUCCGCACCACGCUCUCAUCCUGUGCUUCUGGUACGGUCGCUUCGCCUUCAGCCCGGCCACUUACGCCUGCCGCCUGGCCUCGCACUGCCUCGCCUACGCCAACUCCUGCCUCAACCCGCUGGUCUACGCGCUCGCCUCGCGCCACUUCCGCGCGCGCUUCCGCCGCCUGUGGCCCUGUGGCCGCCGCCGCCGCCGCCACCGCGCCCGCUGCCCCUCCGGCGCCCGCCGCGCCCUCCGGCGCAUCCACCCUGCGUCCUCGGGUCCCGCCGGCUGCCCCGGGGACGCCCGGCCUCGCGGAAGGCUGCCGGCCGGCGGCGGCUGGAGCGGGGAGCCCAGGGGGGAGCCGGUGCGCGGCAAUGCUGGACGAGUCUCGUGUGCCCGAGGACCCGAAUAAAUCUUGUCAGCCUGGACUCUGC